CUUUCUCAGUUUGGAGCUGUUCCAGUUUCUCCGAGAAAUGCAGCAAAGCUCAUGAAAGCUGGUGAAGUGGUUCUUUUGUUCCCUGGGGGUGUGAAAGAAACCGUUCCGAGCCGAGACGAGAAAUAUGCUUUGCAAUGGCCAGAUAAGAGUGAAUUCGUUCGUCUUGCAGCAAAAUACAACGCGACCAUCAUUCCCUUUGCUGGUGUUGGU